AUGAGUUCUACGCACGUUUCAGAGUUAGGGUUGAUGAUAACACCAGAACAAAUAGCUGAAAUGGAGGCAAAUGUUGAUGAUAUUUCUUUUGAAGCGGCUGCGGAGGAAGAAAAAGCCACUCGUCAUGAUGUAAUGGCUCAUGUUCAUGUUUUCGGGAAACAAUGUCCAAAAGCCGCGCCAAUAAUACACCUCGGAGCUACGAGUUGUUAUGUCGGAGAUAAUACGGAUCUUCUUGUUCUUCGGAAGGGCUUUGACAUUCUUAUGCCGAAAUUAAUCGGAGUUAUAUCCCGAUUGAGUAAAUUUGCCGAAGAAUACCGAUCCUUGCCAACUCUUGGUUUUACUCACCUCCAACCAGCUCAACUGACAACUGUCGGUAAAAGAACCACUCUUUGGUUACAUGAUUUAUUAAUGGAUGAAAGAGCACUACGACGUGCCAGGAAUGACCUCAAGUUUCGGGGCGUAAAGGGAACAACGGGAACUCAAGCAUCAUUUCUUCAAUUAUUUAAUGGUGAUGGAGACAAAGUGAAAAAACUCGAUGAUCGAGUGACGGAGCUAGCCGGAUUCGAUAAGCAUUACGGAGUUACUGGGCAAACUUACAGUAGAAAAGUCGAUGUCGAAUGUUUAAAUGCACUCGCAUCACUGGGAGCAACUGUGCAUAAAAUAUGCAGUGAUAUAAGAAUAUUAGCCAACAUGAAAGAAAUAGAAGAACCUUUCGAACAGACACAGAUUGGUUCAUCUGCAAUGCCUUACAAGAGAAAUCCAAUGCGUUCAGAACGCUGCUGCAGCAUUGCUAGACAUUUGAUGACUCUUGUAGGGAACUGCUUGCAAACCGCUGCCACUCAAUGGCUGGAGAGAACUCUGGAUGACUCCGCAAAUCGUAGAAUAACACUCGCUGAAGCAUUUCUCUCAGCGGAUGUUAUUUUAAUGACCCUGCAAAACAUCACUGAAGGAUUGGUUGUCUAUCCCAAUGUUAUUGCGCGACACGUCGCUCAGGAAUUACCAUUCAUGUCAACUGAGAAUGUGAUUAUGGCAAUGGUAAAAGCAGGUGGAGAUCGUCAGGUGUGCCAUGAGAAAAUUCGCGUUCUGUCGCAUCAAGCUGGCGCUCAAGUCAAGCAACACGGGUUGGACAACGAUCUCGUUGAAAGAAUCAAGAAUGACGCGUAUUUCAAUCCCAUACGUCAUCAGCUUGAAACCCUUUUGGAACCAUCGACAUUUGUUGGAAGAUCACCGGAGCAAGUUACUGAAUUUAUUCAACAAGAAGUUCAUCCCGUUCUCGCUCUUUACGAAGGAAUAGAACAAGCACCUGUUGAACUGUCCAUAUAAAUUCGCAAGGAUUUAAUUCAAUUUUCUGUGCAAGACAUAUUUUCGGAUUUUAUUCAAUCUUUUCAAUUGAUCAAUACAAUAUUUUU